UCCAUUUGAGAAGUCAAAAGGACGACCAUGGCGAACCACCUCUCCAUUAUCGUUUGAAGAGCUAGAGACGAGCUCUCUCGGAAGCAUUAGAUCGCCAUUGGAGGAGAGUGGGAGAAAGAGAGAGAGAGAGAGAGAGAGAGAGGAGAUGCACGACUUUUGCUUCACAAUCCCAUAUGGGCUGCUCGUCCUUGUUGGCGGGGUCGCUGGUUACCUAAGGAAGGGAAGCAUCACCUCCCUUGCCGGUGGUGUCGGCGCUGGGAUCGUCCUCCUCCUUGCCGGAUUCGUCAGCCUCAAGGCAUUCGAGAAGCGCCGUAAUUCGUUCUUCUCCUUGAUCCUCGAGACUGCCUGUGCUCUUGCACUGACAUAUGUUAUGGGACAAAGAUAUCUCCAGACCUCCAAGAUAAUGCCAGCUGGACUAGUUGCUUUGAUCAGUGCUGUUAUGACCGCCUUCUAUCUCUUCAAGAUCGUCACCGGUGGCAAUCAUAUCCCUUCAAAGGACAAAUGAACUUCACUACCGAAAAUUUGAGUGCACAGUUUGAGCCAGCUAACAUGAAUGCAUGAAUUAGGUUCUUGAUUUGCGAGGAAGUUGUCGAAUUCACUAAGAAAAUAUCAUGUCUUACCUAUGCUCUCUUGAUUUAUAUGAGAUUUGCUUAUAUAUGUUUUGAAGGAUGACCCUACGUCAAGACUGUAAUGUCUGCACCAAAAACCACAACUUGCAUGCUUAUAUAUUGUGAUAGAUUUUGGUAUUCCUAUGGUUAUA